CUGACUAUCUGGAGUACGUCUGCAACAGUCACUACGACAGAUCCCACCUGGAGUACACUAAAGCAGAGGACGGCCUGGAGAAGUCUGUGAGCCUCUUGCUUUACAGCUGCAGAAUUACGGUUGUGUGAUGUCUUUUUCAAACAUGGAUUUAAAACACUAGGUAGCAGUAGUGUGCCUUUUUAGAGAUUCAUUCAGACAACUGAAAAGCAGCAUGCAGUGGUCCCGUCAUAACUUCAUAGCAUUUAUAGCCUUCUUUACGGUUUAGGCAGACAGAAAAUGGUCUAAAGUCUUACACCAUAUCUAGCAACUUAAAAUACUUAUUAAUGUUUUGUUAUGACACUAUCAGAUCAGAUUGAGUUAUUAAAGGUUCUGCGAGAAAGGUCUAUGUUGCGCUGCUUUAAACUAAUUUUAUAGACUUAAGUCUUUGAUUUGAUCAAAUCCAAUGGGUAUCAAACAGAUCACUAAGGUAUAAAUUUAAGCCGGAUAUUAACAGUACUGAUUAAUGUGACUUAUCCUGGAGAUGCUAUAAAAAAUGAUCGUAUCUAUACAGUAGAGAAACAGAUGCACCUUUAUAAUUUCCGUGUGAUUAUGAAUCACAGUAUUGUUUUAGUUGAUAGUUGGUAGAACAUGUUCCUUACAUGAUAUUCUACAUGUGAAUUAACAGGUGUGAAUGAGAAUGUAUGAAUAAAAUCAAUGCCUUUCUAAUCUCCCCUGCAAAGAGUGACGGAGUUCCAUCAUAAAAGGGAGGGACUACAUAUAGUACAGCUGCAUAAAAAUAUAUAGGCUAGUCCACCUAGGGAUUUCUUCCGCAUGAUAAUCCCAAUCUGUGCCCAUUAGUGCACUGAGAGAGAAGAGGGUUCGAGAGAGAGAGAGGAAGGGGGGUCAACAGAGAGAGGGGGAGUGACAGAGAGAAACAGAGAGCAAGAGGGGGAGAGCUUUUAAGGGAUUUGGCAGUGAUUUGUAGAAUCUCAGUGGCGUAAUGUGCUUUUUCUACUUUUCUACUGAUUCAGACAUGAUGCUAUACACUGAAGCCUCGAAAACCAACGUUUUUUAUACGUUUUUAUGAACUAAAACAAUUAUUUUAAUGAUAUUGAACGAUUUGAGUCCAUUACAGUAAUUUUGGGAAAAUAAAUAUAAUAUCUGAGAUGUUAACGGAUGUACUUUUUGCUAAAACAACGAAGAAACCGACACUGAAUAUCAUCACAUAUUAAAUAUGGGAAUAGGUCUGUUUUGGAAUGAUGGAGUGAUGGAUGAAAUCAAGACUAGUCCAAAUGGAAUGCUCAGGUAUCAAAGGUAGAGGGAGGAGCCUGCUACUUUAACGCUGGAUACAGGAACCUUUGAUGGCCAAAAUCAUGACAUCACAGUGCCACAAAUCCCAGUCCUGCUGUGGGUUUGGUCCACCAUUUGGAUGUCAUGUAACAACAUUGCCCAGGUUACUGUUAAUGUUGUUUUUGGGUCUAAGUCCAGAGACAUGGGCUCAGCAGGGCACACAACCACACUCCAUCAAGAUCGAGGGGGACAUCACCCUGGGUGGCCUGUUCCCAUUGCACUCCCGUGGGCCAGCUGGUGUGCCCUGUGGGGAGAUCAAGCGGGAGAAAGGGAUCCACCGUAUGGAGGCCAUGCUGUAUGCCCUGGAUCAGAUCAACAGUGACCCUGACCUCCUGCCUAACAUCACCCUGGGGGCCAGGAUCCUGGACACCUGUUCUAGAGACACCUACGCCCUGGAGCAGUCGCUCACCUUCGUCCAGGCCCUCAUCCAGAAGGAUAACUCGGACGUGCGCUGCUCCAAUGGCGAGCCACCCAUCAUUCCCAAACCGGAGAGGGUGGUGGGAGUAAUCGGGGCAUCAGGCAGCUCAGUGUCCAUCAUGGUGGCCAACGUGCUGAGACUCUUUGCGAUCCCUCAGAUUAGUUAUGCGUCCACGGCUCCAGAGCUGAGUGACAAAAGCCGUUAUGAGUUCUUCUCCCGUGUGGUCCCUCCUGACUCCUACCAGGCCCAGGCCAUGGUGGACAUCGUCAAGGCUAUGGGGUGGAACUACGUAUCUACACUGGCCUCAGAAGGAAACUACGGAGAGAGCGGCGUCGAUGCCUUCCUCCAGAUAUCUCGAGAGGCAGGAGGUCUAUGCAUCGCCCAAUCCAUCAAAAUCCCUCGAGAGCCCAAACCAGGGGGCUUUGAUAAGAUCAUCAAGAGACUAAUGGAGACCUCUAAUGCUCGUGGUGUCAUCAUCUUUGCCAAUGAGGACGACAUCAGACGUGUCUUAGAGGCAGCAAAGAAGGCCAACCUGACGGGUCACUUCCUUUUUGUGGGCUCUGACAGCUGGGGGGCCAAGAGCUCUCCCAUCCUGGACCAGGAGGAUGUGGCUGAGGGGGCUGUCACCAUCCUCCCCAAGAGGGCCUCCAUUGACGGGUUCGACAACUACUUCACCUCGAGAUCUCUGGAAAACAACAGAAGGAACAUCUGGUUUGCUGAAUACUGGGAGGACGACUUCAAAUGUAAACUGACUCGACCAGGUAUCAAGUACGACCUUGGUAGGAGAAAAUGUACAGGUGAAGAGAGAAUCGCUCAGGAAUCUCAGUACGAGCAGGAAGGGAAGGUACAGUUUGUGAUCGACGCGGUGUAUGUCAUGGCCCAUGCCUUACACAGCAUGCACCUGGACCUCUGUCCGGCCUCCAUGGGCGUCUGUGAGAAGAUGGACCCGGUGGAAGGGAGUCAGCUGCUCCAAUACAUUCGCUCUGUCAACUUUAAUGGCAGUGCAGGGACUGGGGUCAUGUUCAAUGAGAAUGGAGAUGCUCCUGGUCGCUAUGACAUCUUCCAGUUCCAGCUCUCCAACACCACCAACCCUGGCUACCGGUGUAUUGGCCAGUGGACAAACCAUCUGCGACUCAAUGUUGAGGAGAUGCAGUGGUCGGGUGGGGACAGUGCAGUCCCUGACUCAGUGUGCAGUUUCCCCUGUGAGCUAGGAGAGAGGAAGAAGAUGGUGAAGGGUGUGCCCUGCUGUUGGCACUGCGAGCUGUGUGAUGGAUAUCAGUACCAGCUGGAUGAGCUAAACUGUGACAUGUGUCCCUUCGACAUGCGUCCCAUGUCAAACCGGACAGGCUGCCGGUCCACACCCAUUAUCAAGCUGGAGUGGAGCUCCCCCUGGGCCAUCAUCCCUGUGUUCCUGGCUGUCUUGGGCAUCCUAGCCACCUCUGGAUGCAUCAUCACCUUCAUCCGCUUUAACGACUCCCCCAUCGUCCGGGCCUCUGGCCGGGAGCUCAGCUACGUUCUCCUGACAGGCAUCUUCCUCAUCUACCUCAUCACCUUCCUCAUGAUCGCAGAGCCCAGCGCCCCAGUGUGUGCAUUCCGCAGGCUGCUGCUGGGCCUGGGCAUGUGUAUUACCUACUCAGCUAUGCUCACCAAGACCAACCGCAUUUACCGUAUCUUUGAGCAGGGCAAGAAAGCAGUCACGCCACCUCCGUUCAUCAGCCCUGCUUCUCAGCUGAUCAUCACCUUUAUACUCAUUGGAGUGCAGUUACUUGGAGUUUUCAUCUGGUUCGGAGUGGUGCCCCCACACACCAUCAUAGACUAUGAGGAGCAGCGCCCGCCCAACCCAGAGUUUGCACGUGGGGUCCUGAAAUGUGACAUGUCCGACCUGGCCCUUGUCCUCUGCUUGAGCUACAGUAUCGUGCUGAUGGUGACCUGCACUGUGUACGCCAUCAAGAGCAGAGGGGUGCCGGAGACCUUCAAUGAGGCCAAACCCAUUGGCUUCACCAUGUACACCACCUGCAUCGUGUGGCUGGCCUUUGUGCCCAUCUUCUUUGGCACAGCCCAGUCUACUGAGAAGAUGUUCAUCCAGACCACCACCCUGACGGUGUCCAUGAGCCUGAGUGCCACUGUGUCCCUGGGCAUGUUGUACAUCCCUAAGGUCUAUGUCAUCAUCUUCCACCCAGAGCAGAAUGUGCAGAAACGCAAGCGCAGCUUCAAGGCUGUGGCUUCCGCAGUGACCACACAACUCUCCCAGAAAGAAGACAAGCAGAACGGAGAGUCCAAAAGUAGCGCCAUAGUCCCUGACAGAUCACAAUAACCCAGCAGGAAACCAGAGAUGAAUACGACACCUGGCGCCUAACAGAUGACAGCUUAGCAUGGUCUCUCUUGGCAAAGCACAGCUUUUGAUCAAUGGUGAAGGCUACAAUGUCACAUGGGUGGGACGGCAAUACAAUAAAAAGGAUGCUAACUUUUCUGUCAUUCUAAAUAAACACUGACUGACUUGCAACAAGUGCUGUGACCUGACUGUAAGUGGAACAGUUGAUGCAUUGGAUCAUCCUCCUGGAUCAUCCUGAUUCCUGAACAGAACACAAUGAACAUUGUAGACAGCUUUGCCAGAUUUCAGGACACAGUGUCUCCUUUUACAGUAGGAUAUCUCAAAUCGACCAUGGCAAUGAAUUGGUCUUCUUUGAUUUCUCUCCUCAGGACAAUUAUUUGGAUCAAUAGUUGAUAAAAUGAUAAACCUUUUCCCGACUGGUUGAUCCAAAGUAGGAUCUUUAGAAUACAAUGAAGCUUUGCUUGCUUGAUUUAUCAGCACUGCAUGGGUUGUGUGUUUGUGUGUACAUUAUAUGUAUGUUUCCAUAGUAUUGUGUGUGUGAGUGUUACGACUUUGACUCGUUCUUUUUUACUGAUUACACUGGAAGGAACUAGCUUUUCUAUACACCACUAAAUCCUGGAAUAAGUGUAGGGUUCUUGGAGGACAUACUGUUAAAGAGAGAAACAAUUGUAGGGAAUUCUGAUUACUGACAUCAAACCUCAUGUAAGGGACUAUUUUAAUAUUAUAACAUCUACAGGAAAUGCUUUGGUUCAGUUUGGUGUUAAUUGCUUUAGCAGUAAUGACUUGUAUAUGCUGCUGCAGUCUCUCUAAACAGGAAACCAGUGAUUCUGAACAGGAUAUUGUGUUCUGUAAGGCACCUGAAUCACAACAACGUAUGGUAGACACUACACAACAAUGUAUGGCAUUUCCCUAGAUUGUUCCAAAUCUCUUUACAGUGCUGCUGGGGUUGCAAUUGUGAGAACAGUUUAUGGUAAUACUAGAUUUCACUGAGAAUAUCACUGGGAAUAUAAUUUGUGUUUCCAAUGCUGGUUUCAGCAUCAAUGACUACUUUUGUUUGUCAAUAUUGUGCCAUAAAAUCACAGGUUUGUGGUAUCAAAAUGUAUGGAAAUGUUACAAGUUUCCCUUAAUUUAAAUUAUAUAGUAGUGAUUUUAUUUUAUAUAAACCUAUUUGUAAAUGAAUAUUGUGGCACCAUAAUGGUCCACAAAAUCACACUAGCCCAGUUAAGGUCACAUUCCUAGCAGUCCUAGAUCACAGAACGCAUGCGUGUAGCAUUCACUCUGUGCUGAGGGGUACUGCGUUUCUAUCUUGUGAGUUCUAACGCCAUGCAGUGGUGGUGGUUCAGUUGGCAACAUUAAGUUAUUGGCAGUAAGAUUAUUAUUUUUUGCUCAGGUUUUCAGGGAGAAAGCUGUUUGAAAAAAAUUCAAAUAAUUGUUAUUUAGAUAGGUAUUUAUUUAUUUUAAAAUACUGUUAUAUAUAUAGGCCCACGUGGC